AGCGACAAGAUCAGCUAUCACCGGGAAAUGCCGGGCGACGAAACAACAUACGCAAGAGUCGUUCUAGAGCGAAAGAGACAGGGUCGAGAGGUUAGGAAAAUAGCGCGCGCGGAAGAGAGAUCGAUGAUAAAAACCCGUAUAGACAAGCUUGCAUAAUCACGCGAUGCAUACGCAAGUAUAUAUGUCUGUAAGUCUGUGGGAAAGAUCGAUCAAUCGCGAACGUUUUAAGUAAUAUGGGAGAAGGAAAAACGCAACGCGAUACGAUCGACCGGACGUAUGUAUGUACGAAACAUUAAACGUCAGAUAUAUUUUCCUGCGUCUGCGUAUUACGCGAUGACGCACUUAUUUAUGUCUGCAUAAAUCUUCAAUCGCGCGAAGAGGAAAGCGCGAAGAGGCAAUCUUGAAAACUUUCAAAUAGCCAACAAUCGCGCGCGUUUUAUGUGAACUCUAUAAAUAUUUACCAUAGAUUUAUUCAAAAAGAGUUACUGCAUACAGUUACAGUAGAUGCUUGUCAAUUGCGCUCUCCCAUAGGUCGCCCGAAAGCAACACUAGCAACAUAGGACAAUAGAAAAGAGUGUGCAGUGUGCAAUCUAUUUAUAUAUAAGUCUAUGGUAUUUACAUACUCCGCCAUAUUUGAACGUAAAAAUCGUUCUCCCUCUCCCUCUCAUUCUCUCUGUCCGCAUAUAUCCAGCCGUACGUUUGUAAUAUUAAAUAAAUUAUCGAUAUUAAACCGUGAUAUUCUACUAACAAGGUAAGAGAUUUCAUGAUUCAAAUUUUUUUCUGGAAUUACUUAAAAUUCAAUAUUCUAAAAGAUUCUGUGAAUAUUAGACGGCAAUAUACGAGUGUCAUCAUUUUCCGUCUCUUUUUUGUUUCUGGGAACUGUUUUUAAAUUAUACGACCCACACAAUCUCGAAAUAAUUUUGCGAUUUCGUGCAACACGUUGAACGCCUCUUUUAUUAAUAUAAAUAAAUUCGCAUUCCGCGUGUAUAUAUUUCGUUCGGAUUUCGCGUAUCGUAUUUAUCGGCGUUCAAAUAAACAAUAAACUGUCGGUAAUUUUCGAUAUUCGCGGUUUUGUUCCAUUGUAAACAAUUUAAUGCAUUUACGGAAAUCGAGCAUUUAUCUAUCGUUAAAUGUCACUUAAAUGUCUUUUAAAUGCAGAUCCGACAAUUUAUAAUAAUGACGCAAUAAUUACAAUUUCAGGAGCGAUAAAACGCAUUUUUUUCAACAUCGAUAUCCAUAUCCAUUCGAGACUCAAUUGAACAGCAUUCAAUUCGGAGAGAAUUGAUAACAAUAACAUAUUGAAAUUGAAAAUUCAUAAUUUUAAAAUGAUAAUAAACGGAGGUCGACGUUGAUCCACUAAGGGGCCUUUGCUUCCUGGUGCCGCAUCAUGUUCGCGAAAUCCAGAGGCAGUAGCACGGCACCGUGCGACCUGCUUCCCGACCCGAUACGCAGCACCUACGAGAUCGGCAAACAAUCCGCCACAGCCGGGCCGGAGAAUGUCUGGCGCAUCUACGACGGCUACCGGAAGAAGGACAGAAUGGAGGUCUCGAUCUUCCUGUUCGACAAACGUUCCGUGGAGAAGCUGCACAAGCCGAAACGCAGGGAAACGGUCACGGAUAUUCUGCGCGCGGGUGCCACUCAGAUGGAACGAUAUUCGCAUCCGAAGCUCCUGCAGGCGUACAAAGUGGAGGAGUGUGCGGAUACGUUGGCCUUCGCGUCGGAGCCGGUUCUAGCUAGCCUGGCGAACGUCCUGGCGUACAAGGAGCAAUUGGCAAACACGCUCGCGGCGCAGUCCUCGGGGCUGAUAGGCAAGCAGAACCAUCCGCCGACCACGAGCCACCAUCGCUCAACCUUCGUCAAGGAGUACGAGCUGCUUGAGCUGGAGAUCAAAUACGGACUUUUGCAGAUCACAGAGGCUCUCUUAUUUCUUCAUGGCAACUGUAAAUUUCUUCAUAGAAACGUUUGUCCGACGAGUAUCAUCAUCACGAAGAGGGGCACGUGGAAGUUGUCGGGAUUCGAGUUUCUCGAGGCGGCUAAGGAAGUACCGAUGACCGUGCAAUCGUGGACGAAACACAUGCCGAAAAUGACUCAGCCCAAUCUCGACUACAUAGCACCGGAGGUGCAGCAGAAGAAGCUCGGCAGCUUUUCCAGCGACAUGUACAGCUUCGGUAUGACGAUAUGCGCGAUCUACAAUCAGGGCCGACCGCUGAUACAGGCGAAUCACAGCUGCUCGGAUUAUCUCAAGCAACUAGAGACCCUCGACGAUCAAGUCGCCGUUAUCUUGCCACUGGUACCGAUACCCCUGCGGGAAGCCGUAACGCGACUCUUGCACAAGGAUCCCGAGCAGAGGCCUACCGCGCAAAUAUUGACCAUGAUCAAGUUCUUCCGGGACCCGUUUGUGCACGCCCUGCAAUUUCUCGAUGUCAGCAAGAUGAAGGACGUGUCGCAAAAGGAGCACUUUUACACGACGACUCUGAGGGAACUGUUACCCUAUAUGCCAAAGAAACUCUGGUAUCAGCACAUCUGGACGUAUCUUCACGCGGAGCUGCAUACGCAGGAAGUGCUGUCGGCCGUGCUGCAACCUAUGCUCUACAUUGUUCAGAACAGCACCAAAGAGGAGUACGACCAGAUCGUAUUUCCCACGCUCAAACCACUCUUCACCAAUCGAAAGUCAAUUCAGGGAACCGUGACCCUAUUGGAGAAUCUGCAUGUCAUCCUGGAGAAGACGCCUCAGGAAUACGAGCGCGAGGUCCUGUCGAUGCUGUACAAGUCCUUCGAGAAUUCCAACAUUCAAGUACGAAUGGCCGCGUUCGUGGCUGUGUCUCACGUGACGAAUUAUCUCGAAGACGAUGCCAUACAUAAGGUCGUGCUACCGAAGCUGCUGGACGCUUUCGAAAACAACUCGGCAGAUGCGCGGGUACUGAUGGAUGUGGUGCCGUGCAUUCUAUGCCGUCUCGAGAAGCAGAAGAUCAUCGACUGCAUCCUACCGCUGCUCUGCAAAGUCAAGCUGCAGGAGCCCGAGAUCGUCGUGCGGGUUGUAAAUAUUUACAGGCUGAUGCUCACCGACAAAAAGUACGGAUUGUCUGUCAAUUGGAUGGCGGCGCACGCGAUGCCGUCAUUGCUACCACAAACUGUGAAUCCGGCGCUGAAUCUCGAGCAAUUCAUCCUACUCCUCGAGGUGCUGCAGGAUAUGUUGAACAACAUUGAAAGAAAUCAGAGGAACAAAUUGACGCUCGACAAUUUAUCGUUACCGAGUCCCGACAAGUAUCGAUCCCUGCGACAUCAGUACAGUACCGAUAAUGUGCACGUGCCAACGUUCAACAUUCCGAAUUUGCGCAUCGAGCAACGUAAGACCUCAUCGGCCGAGGAUAUGGCCAGGAAGAAUAGCAUCGGUUCCAUAUCAACGGCGUCUGCGGAAAAUAUGGCGCGAAAAAGUUCGAUGGCUGCGAUGUUCGGUGGAUGGUUUACCUCAACAUCGGCUAACGACAACAAUUUCUUGCGAGUGGCCAACACGUUCACGAGCAGACGCCUGUCGGACAACACCCUGAUGACACCGAAGAUACGGAUAGCACCGUCCUGUGCGAGCUCGCCGGGCGCGACGCCCGGCAGCGGCCUACCGAUCCGUCGACACUCCAGCACCGGUCCCCAGGAGCGACGUGGAUCCAACAUUAAUUUAUCCCCGCCUACGGGGGGCGGGAUGCCGAUCACGAGUAGCAGCGUGCCAUAUCUGCUCAGUACGAGCUUAAGCAGUAUUCGCGGCUCGAGACGGCCGUCCGUAUCCUCGACGUCGUCGCAGCAGGGGAUCGGGCUACUGCAGCAGGUUGGCUCCAGCAUGGUAAGACAACUACCCCCCAUCUGCCUGAACCUGAACGGACCACCACCACCACCAACACUCUCUCCAUCACUCCAGCUACCGGGACAGCAUUCCCACUGACCCUCCGUUACAGUUACCAAUUCUUCAAUAGACAGCCCGAAGCGUGAAGUGCCAACGAUCGUCAUUGAACAAAAGUCGGACAAGAUCGCGGUGGUUGUGGAGUCUCUAACUAGCGUGCACCGAUCCACUCGCACGCUCGGUCAAUCGUAAGGAACGGAGUUAACGAGGAAUCGCGUCGGUGAUUCUUGCAAGGACAUCUCAGCAAGCGAGACGACGUCGAUUCACUUCUAAUUAGCCUUGGGAUUCGGGCAAUAGACGCGACCAUGGAUAGUAACCCAGAUUGCGAGUUAGUGAAACUAGAUGUAAAAAUGGAAGAAGGAUAUUGCAGGUACGUGAUAGGUGCAAGUUUAAUGAGAGACCGAAAGAGGUUCUCGCACGCAUUUCAACCGCGUUCAUGCGAGAUUUAAUAUACAUACAUAGGUAUAUUCUUCGGCGGCCAAGAUCGCGAAUUGAUGACCGCAAAUUAAUCCGGAGAGAGAGAGAGAGAGAUCCCUCUCUUCUCCCUCGCUGGAUUAGUAUUCGCACCGUAUAUGUUACCCUCGCCGCCAACGUAAUGGCGAUGGAGAAUUCAGGGAUAUGCGGUUCUAGCAAGAAGGGCACGUAUAACGAGCAAUGGACAUACGGGGUGUAUCAGAAGUCGUCAACUCCGAAAAUUUGAUCCGGGUAUUAUACUGUUAAUUAUCGAUGUUCAGGCAAUAUUAACAUUUUAUCUGCGGAAUAUUUUGUGUUUCCAUUUUUCGCUCGUUUGUAUAUUGUAAGUAUUUUUACAGCAUAUUAUCUCGAAUUUUUAAUUGUUACAAUUAUAUGGAUGAUCAACAGAAUAGUAGAUGCAUAACAUAUAGCUUGUUAUAAUAAAAAAAAACUUGUCAGUCAAGAAAACAUCUUUGUUUUGAAUGGCAUUUUAAAGCAUAAUUUUUUAAAGCGGCUCGCAAAUUAAUGGUGCAUGCGCGAAAUGCUUGAUGAUAAAGUGUUAAUAUAUAUAUUAAUAUUUUGAUAUUUUAUAUACAAUAAUCUUUAACAUGCAAUAUUUAAUAAUUAACGAUAAAUGAUGACAUUUAUAUAUUUCUUGAUUAUUUUAUCUUUAUUGUUAUAAUAAUUUUAAAUUCAUUUUAAAAAUUACAUUCUCGUCGCGCAUUUAAAACUCAAUAUACCGUCCGAUUCUGAACUUCGUUUAUCUGGGUCAAACGUCAAUAAUCGACUCCAUAAAGCGGUGACAUAAGGUAACUCGAGACGAACGUGGACUGUGAGCUAAGAACAUCACUAAUCCAUAUUUCAUAUCCACAAGUAAAAAAAAUCGAUGAUAAUCGAAGAUUGCGACUUCUGAAACAACCUUCAUAUCGACAAGAGACAUUUCCUAUAGAAGUAAAUACGUAUACACACAGUACCAAAAAAAGAAAAAAAAGAAAAGAAAAAUACAAAAAUUAAUAUAUACAUAUAUCUCUCUAUCUUAGCCACGUACGGAGAGACAAAGGAAUAAAUAUUUUUCUCGUCGAUAUAUAUUUGUCUAUGUAAUAAUCUAUAAAAGUAUCGUAAUAACGACGUGUGCGCGAGUCUAGCCACACGUCACAGUCGUCAAUUGUUGCACUACACAAUCACUAAAUCUUAAGAUAGCUUUUACAACUCAGGCAUAAUCGGAUAACUUGAGUCUACUUUAGACGAUCUGUAAUUCACGACAGAAAAAAUUUGCGGCAAAUUAUUCUAUUUAUUAUUUUAUGUGUCGCGUGUAAUACACAGAGAACGCGUGGAGAAGUAAAAUACAUAUAUUAUACAUAUGUACAUUAUGUGAUUUGCGAUAUAUAAAAUUGUAAAUAGACUUGUAUCUUGAAUUUUAUCGUGAAUUAUACAUCGUCUGAAAUGGGAUUCACACACGCACACACGCAUGCACGCAUAUAUAUAUACGUAACUGGUUGAGUUUUCCGUCAUAAUAUAAUCGGUAUUUUGCAGAGCGGAAUCGCCCAUUAAAUUGUCGUACACGGAUCGCAAUUAAUAUAUAUUUAAAUUAAGAAAUAAAAUUAUAUUACUUGUGAUCGAUAAUAAUUUUAUCUGUCCAUCUCCGCGUAUAUGCAAUUAAUCAAGCGUGAGAAAUGGUAUAUUUUUUUAUUCAAAAAAUAUAUUUUUUGUUAAUAUUAAUUACAUGCAUUAAUAUUAAUUACAUGCGCGUGAAGGAGUGAAUAAAAUAUAUUUCGCAAUUCACAUGUGAUUUUAUUUCUGAAAUUUGUGUUCUUUUGAUAAAUGUAUUAUCUUAUUCUCGAUUCGAAAAAUUUCGGCGAGCAAGCCAUCAGACAAUCCAUAUGUAAUUAUUUGUACAAAUUAAUAUUUAUAAUCUUUUGUUAUGUAAACCAAAGUAAAUCCUUCAGCAAGUACUUUUCCGCCCGCGAUACCAUUCUUUCUACGCGCAGUCACGUACAAAUUAUAGAAAAAUCUUAGAUCGCGAUCUAAGAUUGUCUAUAAUAUUUGCAUGUCACGUAUGUCGUGUGUGCGUGUUUGGUUGUGUGAUGCGUGCACGUGCGUGCGUUUCGAGGAUUUUAGUAGCAAUAAGAUUUUAAGGAUUUUCCGCGUCGUAAGUUUCGUUUUUUAUCUUCGAUGUGAAUGUUUUCCGGUAACUUCUACGCGCGCACAAAUCUUUUUCUCUGUCACCCUUUUUUGUCCGGUCACUAAUUAUCAGUCAUGAAAAGUAGAUUAAUAGAAAUCUCAAUCUUACACGUUUGCAAAACAUUUCGUUGGACAGUUUUAUCUGAUACCAACGCGUCACGAGAUAUAUAUUCUUCCGUGUAAGUAAGAUAUACAUACGUGUCCACAAAGAGAGUGUGUAAUUAACGAAAGGUGUGCACUCGCGCGUGACCGGUCACGUCGUCUAACAAUAAGGAACUGAUCGCGGAACGAAUUGAUACGAAUUUCGGCGAGUUCGAUUGUAUAACUGAUGACUGCUCGAAAAAGGACAACGUCCUUGCUCCUUUCGAUUGCAAAACAAAUAAACACAGAGGCCAUUAUUCACGCACUCACGUACACAGGCAUCUUAGCUCGACUCGAUUCUUCGGUGCCUGAUUAUGAAUACGUCCGCGAAUGAUUGAUAACGAUCUCUUCGAUCCCGAGCAUUUUGAUACAAUUUUCGGAGAGUUGUGUCUUCACAUUGCCGAGAACGAAUAUAAUCUCGAUUUCUAUAGCGUGACGAUGGAAGUGAAAAGUCGAGAGAUCUCUUCGCACAAAGAAUGGAAACGCUGAACAUUUCAAACAGCAAAAAUCUUUGAAAUAUAAAAUUCUAUGAUCUUUUGAAUUUAUUUCAUAAAAAGCUCAUUUUUAAAGAUUUGUUUAUUGGAACGUUAAUCGUAAAUUUUAAUUGAUAAAAUCACUCUAGGAUAAAAAUUCUUCUCUCACUCUUUCUCUCUCUCUUUCUAACCAUAAUUACCUCAUAUAUAUUAGCGCUUCUCAUAUAUCGAUAGAAGACGAUGUCAAAGAAAUAACGAGGAAGAGAAAAACGCACUUCGACAUCCAUAUGUUUAUAUAUGUUUAUAAAACGUGUGCAGCCAACAAUAAAUAUUCACUCACACAAUUAGUUUUGUCGUCUAAUAAAAAUUAAACGUUAUAUAAACUUUAUUGUAAACUUCGAUUAUAUGAUCUGACACCGCGCACAAGGGAAAAAACCUUACAGUACGUCCAAAAGAGAUAAACACAGAGGUUACACGCGUGUAUGUAAAUAUUGAGAGGAAGAGAGUGGGAAGGAGAAAAGAACAAGAGAAUUUAUUUGUUAAAUUAUAUUGAAUCAUAGAAUUUCGUAGAAUUUACUUUCUGAUUUUUUUUUUGUUCAUUGAAACGUUAAUUAUAAAUUUAAAUGGAUAAAAACCUCUUUAGGGUAAAAAUUCUGUUUCUUUCCCACCCUUUCUCUCUCUCUCUCUCUCUCUUUGGUUCUACUCACCAUUUAACUGAAAUAGUAAAGUACAUUUUAUAUGAGAUCUAUAUAAAAAGUGUGUAGCCAAUAAUAAAUAUGCAUGAUUAGUUAUUUUAUUUAAUGAAAAUGUUAUGAACUUUGGUGAAUUAGAUUUUUGACUGUGUCUUUAUGUAUGUGACGCACACAUAAAGGGGGAAAGAACCUUACAACGCGUUCAAAAUAAUUACAGAGGUCACAUGCAUGAACAUUAAGGGAGAAAGAGAGAGAGAGAGAGAAAGAGAGAAAAGAAUAGCAAAGAUUUUAUUUUUCAAGUUAUAUUGAUCGUCGGAAAUUUCACGGAAUUUACUUUCUACAACAAUUCAUUUUAAACGGUUGUUUAUUGGAGCAUUAAUCGUGAAUUAAAAAAUCUCUUUAAGAUAAUAUCCUUUCUUUUUUCCUCCCUUUCUCUUUUUGAUUGUAAUUACCUCCUAAUUAAAAUAUCAAAAAGGAUAUAAUAUUGGACAUAUAAUGAAUAUAGA